UGGUUCCUUUCAGCAGCAUGGAGAACCCGAGAGUAUUCUAAUGCCCUCUGGAACGUUUUCAACGUCUUAUUAACGUUCUCUUCCGAAAGAAAUUCAGCUGUCCUCUUUCAUUUGCCUCUACCAACUGCUCUAAUAGCCUGCUCUCAUCAAUUCCCGGAUUUGCUCGAUAUCCUCUGAAACUCGACUGCAGGUGCAGUGAUCAUGUCAGAACCCGAGCCGCCAUUUAGGCCGAGGGAGAAGCUCAUCGAGAAGCAGAAGUACUUUCAGAGCAUCAACAAGCCCACUUACCUUAAGGGGCCGUACGACAAGAUCACCUCAGUAGCGAUUCCUCUUGCCCUUGCAGUUACUUUAACCUACAUGACGGCACGAGGUCUCUAUAACAUGGCUCACGGGAUCGGAAAGAAGGAAUGACAAAUGAAGAGAUGUAUGUUCCAUAUUUUGUACUAUGGAUUGUCGAUGAGCUCCAAUGUUCAAAGUGGUAUAUAAUCAUACAUGACACAAGAAGAUGUUCUUCUGAACUGCUGAGGCCAGACGUGCCUUUGUUCUUAGAUCGUUCAGCGUUCAUUCUUAGAUCGUUCCACUAAUCGAGAUAUAAACCUUAU